GCAGGAGAGCGGAUCGGUGAUGAUCGUGCAGGAUCAGUGAGGCGUCAGUGUGAGCAGUGUCCUCAUGGUGAACACUCUGGGACGCGUUUUGUCAGCAGCCGGAGCGCGCGCUGGGGUAAUAGAAUAGCCCGUGUAAUUUGACACUUCAACUUGCCGUGCUCUACGCUAGUUGAUUCAGGCAGUCGCACUCCGGCGAAAGCCUUGUGCGCCUUUUCCCCCUACUGUGUUUUUUUUUUUUGUGUGUGCGCAAAGACUAUAAAGGAAAAAAAAGAAAAAGAAAGAAAGAAAUAACCGAAGCGACUUCCGCUGAGGCAGGAUUUUUCUUUCCCGGAGACGCGCUCGGAUCGCAUCUGAAAGUGCGCUGGAGGCCGGGGAGAGAAGGAGCUUCCCCACCGACUCUAUGAAGGGAAGGGAGGGGGAGGGGGGGGCCACUCACCACACAGCAACUCUGCACUGCGAACAGAUCAGCUCUAUGAUUGAUGAGGAUAUAAGAGUGGAUUUGCUAAACACUAAACAAAGAAACCUACUGCAUCCUCUGAGAGAAGAUCUUUAAUGGCUUCCAGGUAGAGCGAAAGAGACAGCAAUCAAGAUGAAUUCGAUUCCUUCGAUGGACAGGCAUAUACAGCAGACCAAUGACAGACUGCUGUGUAUCAAACAGCACUUACAGAACCCGGCCAAUUUUCAGACAGCGGCUACAGAGCUGCUCGACUGGUGUGGAGACCCGCGAGCGUUCCAAAGGCCCUUUGAGCAAAGCCUGAUGGGAUGUCUGACGGUGGUGAGCCGUGUUGCCGCACAGCAGGGUUUUGACUUGGACCUGGGCUACCGGCUCCUGGCUGUGUGUGCAGCCAACCGGGACAAGUUCACCCCAAAGUCAGCAGAAACCACCACCUGCAGGAGAUGUCAAAGUGACUCAGCACUGCUGUCAUCCUGGUGCGAGGAGCUCGGUCGGCUCCUCCUGCUGCGGCACCAGAAGAAUCGGCAAAACGAACCCCAGGGCAAAGUGCCUAUGCAGCCACCCAUGAACUCUAUGAAGCCCUCGCUCUCCCACGGUGAUGGGUCCUUUCCGUACGACUCUGUUCCCUGGCAGCAGAAUGCCAGCCAGGCCCCAGGCUCACUGUCAGUAGUGACGACUGUAUGGGGGGUGACCAAUACAUCACAAAGUCAGGUAUUGGGCAACCCCAUGGCUAACACCAACAACCCCAUGAACCCUGGAGGCAAUGGAAUUGUGUCUGGCAUGUCAGCCAACAACCCAGGGCUGAACUCCCCUCAGUUUCCUGGCCAACAGCAGCAGUUCUCAGCCAAAGGUGGCUCCACCCAAGCCUACAUGCAGCAGAGCAUGUACGGGCGAGCAGGGCAUCCUGGAGCUGGAGGAUUCAGUGGGAGUUACCCUGGUGUUCCGAAUGCUCCUGGUGGGAUAGGUAUGCCCCCUCACACCCGGCCUCCAUCUGACUUUACCCAGCCUGCUGCUGCCGCCGCCGCUGCUGCUGUUGCCGCUGCUGCUGCCACCGCAACAGCAACUGCCACGGCAACUGUCGCUGCCCUGCAGGAAACCAAUAAGGACAUGAACCAGUAUGGACAGAUGUGCUCAUCGUUUCAGAUGGGCCCUGCACAGGGCUAUAACAGCCAGUUUAUGAACCAGCCUGGACCCCGUGGCCCACCAGCCAUGGCAGGAGGCAUGAACCCAGCUGGCAUGGGUGCUGGUAUGAACAGUUCAAAUAUCAGUGGCCCACCAAUGGGACUGAACCAACCUCGAGCACCAGGAAUGGGGCCGUUUGGGGCUCAUGGCCAAAGGAUGCCUCAGCAAGGAUAUCCAGGCCCUAGACCUCAGUCCAUGCCAAUGCAGGGUACAAAGAGGCCCUAUCCUGGAGAGCCCAACUAUGGGGGACAGCAGUUUGGACCUAAUGGCCAGUUCCCUAAUCAGCAAGGACAGUACCCAAACCCUAAUGCCUCCAGAGCUUUGCCCUCUCCCAGUUAUCCUGGGCAGAGGAUGCCAGUCCAGCAGGGCACAGGCCAGUACCCACCUUCAGGAGUACCCAUGGGCCAGUACUACAAGGAGCCAUUUAAUGGCCAAAACACCAACUUCUCUGGAGGAAGUUAUGGAUAUAAUCAAGGCAGUGGGCCUCCUCGGCAGGUAGUGAAUUAUCCUCAUUCACCUGUUCCUGGAAAUCCCACACCACCGAUGACUCCAGGAAGCAGUAUCCCUCCAUACCUAUCGCCCAACCAGGACGUCAAGCCUCCGUUUCCCCCUGAUAUGAAACCGAAUAUGACGUCUCUGCCUCCUCCACCGACUAACCCCAAUGAGGAGCUGCGGCUGACCUUCCCCGUACGUGACGGCGUGGUGCUCGAGCCAUUCAGACUGGAGCACAACUUGGCUGUCAGCAACCACGUCUUCCACCUGCGGCCCUCCGUUCAUCAAACACUCAUGUGGAGGUCUGACCUGGAGCUGCAGUUUAAGUGCUACCACCAUGAGGACCGGCAGAUGAACACAAACUGGCCAGCUUCAGUGCAGGUCAGUGUUAAUGCCACGCCACUCACCAUCGAGAGAGGAGACAACAAGACAUCCCACAAACCCCUGCACCUGAAGCAUGUGUGCCAGCCAGGAAGGAACACCAUCCAGAUUACGGUCACAGCCUGCUGCUGUUCUCACUUGUUCGUGCUGCAGCUGGUGCACAGGCCAUCAGUGAGAUCCGUCCUACAGGGCCUGCUCAAGAAGAGGCUCCUGCCAGCAGAACACUGCAUUACCAAAAUAAAGCGAAACUUUAGCAGUGUAGCAGCAUCCUCUGGGAACGCGACAUUGAACGGAGAGGAUGGUGUGGAGCAGACAGCCAUCAAAGUGUCCCUUAAGUGUCCCAUAACAUUCCGGCGGAUUCAACUUCCAGCCCGGGGACAUGACUGCAAGCAUGUGCAGUGUUUUGACCUGGAGUCCUACCUGCAGCUGAACUGUGAGAGAGGGACGUGGAGGUGUCCUGUAUGCAAUAAAACCGCGUUACUGGAAGGUCUGGAGGUGGACCAGUACAUGUGGGGAAUUCUUAAUGCCAUCCAAAAUUCGGAGUUUGAGGAAGUCACCAUUGACCCAACAUGUAGUUGGCGGCCGGUGCCCAUAAAGUCUGAGCUGCACAUAAAGGAGGAUCCAGAUGGCCCUCUGGCCAAACGCUUUAAAACCAUGAGUCCCAGUCAGAUGAUCAUGCCUAACGUGAUGGAUAUGAUUGCUCAGCUGGGGCCGGGACCCUCACCCUACACUUCCCUUCCCCCUCAGCAUGGAGGGAACAAUACAGAGUACUCUGGCCAAGGCAACAGUUACCAGGGCCAUGGAAACUUUGACUUUCCGCACAGUAAUUCUGGUGGAGGAGCUCCAAUAAAUGACUUCAUGCACGGCCCUCAGCUUUCGCACCCUCCAGAUGUACCCAACAACCUCAUGGGUCCAGACAAACCUCUGAGCCAUGGCAUGGGCGACUCGAUGCCUCAUCCUGUGAGUGCUGAGCAAUCCCAUGCUUCAAUGCCACCAGGCAUGCACGUAUCACCCCACCCCAACAGCCAAUCUGCACAGCCAUUACAUCACAGCGGCCCUUCAUCUGGGCCAACCCCACGCCAAGCCCCUCCCCCCCAGCAACAACAGCCUGGCCCCAACAGUCACACGCAUGGUGACAUGACCUUUAACCCUGGUGCUGAGGGCCAGGUGGGAAGUCAGGGGGCAGCAGACAUGCCCGAGCCCUCACUGGAGCUGCUGCCCGAGCUGGCCAACCCAGACGAGUUACUGUCAUAUCUGGACCCUCCGGACCUCCCCAGCAACAGCAACGACGAUCUGCUCUCUCUCUUUGAAAACAACUGACUUCCCCUUAACCCUCCUUUACCUGAGGCACUGAUGGUAAUGUUCAGCUUUCAGGAGUCCAGCAGAACCCUGACCACCAAUUCAGUACUUUACAACCGCAAAACACUCGUCCUCCCUCUGCCUCUAUAGUGUAAAUAUCUCACUCUUUUACGGACGUCCUUUUUCCACACAUAUAUAGCAGCCAUGUUGGUUGGCACUAAAGUGAUAUUUCAAUACUAAUAUGAAAAAAAAACUGUGCAGCUAUAAUCAUAAGAAUAUAUGUCACACAGAACUGUACGUGUGCUCACUAGAAAAGUGUUGUAGCAUUUUUUUUAUUCAGAUUUUUUUUUCCUUUUGUGAAAAGCAAGACCUGAAUAGAAGAAAAAAAAAUACUUCCUGUACUGGCUUAUGUGUGUGUGUCCCCCAUGAGCUUUUUGAGGUUUGUUCUUCCAAGCUUUACGUCUACAGCUUCCCAAAUCUCCAUCGAGUGUUUUUGAGUGGAUGUCCUCACUGUAUGUCAGAAGUCCCUUGGGAAAAAAAAAGCACAACAUUCAGCGAAACUGCAACCGAAAGACCGAAAAAGGAAAACAUCACAGGAACGAAAGGCUGCAUCACAGUCACUGAGAGGUUUAGCAUCAUAGCGAUGUUGUACUUCCAUCUCACAGACUAAUGCCGGGCCUCUGAAGUCCUCUGUAGCUCAUGUGGAACGUGUGAACGUGUGAUGUGUGGGAAUCCCCCUCAGAUUGGCAUAUAUCAUUUUGUUCAUCCUAUUCACUCAUGAGUGUUGUAUUCAAAUCUGAUACAAGUCCCUGAGGGCAUUGUGACAAUUCGUUUCACUGUUUUAUAUAGGAACACCAACAUAUCGAUACUGUAUGUGUGAUGACGUGCAUCGAUAACCAGCACUGUACCUCCUUCACAAAUCUCUCCAUCUCAGAGUGCUGUGGAAUCAAAGUCAGUGGGCAACGCAAUUCAUUUUGUAACGUAAGAAGUAAUGCAAUCACUUUUUAAAGAGUAAUUUGAGUGUAACAAACAUCCGUAUCCUCUUGUCAGCUGUCUCUUCUGGGAGUCGUUCCCCAUUUAAUGCAUGAGCUUUGUCCCUCCCAGGCCUGUGAUGUCAUGAAUAACAAAAAAAUUCAGUGUGCAUACAGUGUGUUCAUUGUGCACUCGUGCCAAUCCCACGUUGCUUUGGUGACCGAACCAAGUGUAGACUGAUUUUCUUUCUUUUUUUCCCAAAAUCAGUGCUUUCAGACAUGUUCCUCUGUUCUUUUUUUUUUUUUUUUUUUUAAACAUGAACUAUGGUCGUUUGUUAUGCGCAAUAUAUUGUUCAUGAUAUAACUUCCUGUUUAUCCCCUGUCGGUGUAACUCUUUAAAUGUACAGUGUAUGUGCGUUUAUUGCAAAAUGGCCAUGUAUUACCAAAGUUCUGCAUAGUGAUCGGAGGAGAAGGCUCAAACCUUUCGUACCAAGCUAAUCAUCUUCUUUUAUGACUGGGCAUGUGACAACUUUCAUUUCCAUCAAUGCAUUUACACAUCGAUUAUCACAUAGUAUUGUAUGAUACAAUGAUUUCUACGGUUUUGGUUUUGUCGAGGUUACACGUCUACAUAAUCUGUUUAUUUGAAUCCCUACAAACCCCCAACCUGAAAGAGUCUCAGAAACGAUGUUUUCCCCGUAUGUGUGCAUUCUUGUGUUAGGCCCAAGCGGCCUAGUCAAAUAGGAAACCACUUAACACUCAAUCAGAUUACUGUUUUAACAGUAAUAAAACAGUUUGUAUUAUGAGACACAAUAUAAAUUCAGGAUAACAGUAACUGCAAAUAAAUAUACAUACUCCUCACCUAUUUAAAGUUUGUUAAUCAUGAAAUCGUGUACUGUAUGUUUGCUUUAAGAUUUGUUUCUCUUUUUUUUUAGUCCGCGUUCGAGCAAUGCACUCACUUGUUUGAGCUUCACAAAAGCGUUCCGCUGAACACUUCACCAUGUAUUUUAGUUUUCAUUUCCAUUUUAAAUUAUUUUGUAUCACAGACUGUCGUUGUUCAGUUAUGUAUAGGCUCUGUGUUCGUUGAUGUUCUUCUGAACAGGCAAAUGCGCUUUAGCCCAUAGCUUCAGUUGAAUUUUAAAUUCACUUGGAUGUCUUUUUAUUUUUUAACUGAUGCACUGCCACAUGUUUUCUUACAUUUCUUAAUUUGUAGACACCUACAGACAGAAACUGAACUGCGCUCUCCGCUUGCACAUUGGUUACACUGCAGGCUGUUGAGUCGAGUCCCUGUUUUCGACCUGUCACUUACUGUAGCUGUUCAGUUAAUGUAGAAGGAAGCGAGUGGAUAUGGCGUCAGUUACAGUGAAAUGAAUUAGACGCUGAUUCAGCCACAGGUCUCAGUGGGAAACAGUUUGAAUGAAUGCCCUAAGCAAGGGACAUAAGGGAUGCAUGUACAUAUGUAAAUGACAAAUAGAGACACGUUAACAGAAAUGUAUUCAUUUUCCCCAGGGGAAUGUGCAUUGUGUAUUUAGAAUUUGUAAAGCUUGCAACCUCCUAUCAGACUCGAAUUGGGUAAAAUGAAUCUGUGUUCGUUAGCGUCUGUGGAACCUCUUUCCAUUAUUGUUUUUUUUUUUUUUUUUUUUACUUAUGUAAAAUAUUUCCAAUGCCUCCUAGAAAAGGGGAAUUAUGGGGGGCAAAGAGACACACUUGUUUCACCUUUUGUGUAAUUAGCUUCUGUGUAUUGCUCCAUUACCUGUGUACUCUAUAAGGUGCUACAAAAGAUGAAGAAAAUCCUGGGGAAUAAUUUGGAGGAUGGGGCAUGGGGCCUGGAAUGGUUCCAAAAGAUUGUAUCCAAAUUAAAUAGUUUGUACAAUUUUGAUAUGAUCAGAGGGGGGGAAUAAGGUACAAUCUGAGGUGAUUGGCACCUAAAGUGGCAGUUGUCUUUUGUUUUUUGUUUUGUUUUGUUUUGUACAUUCUGUGUACAAUCAUUUCAUAUUCUAAACUGUUCGGAAGAAAAAAACUAAUUGUGAUUUUUAGUCUUGCAAAACUGUAUGUAGUUAGAUGCUGUGACAUCCUAAUAUUUAUCUAAUAAAUAUGUAUUCAGAUGAAACGCUCA